AUGCCUAUAAUUUACUUUAAAAAUAUAUAUUUUAGUAUUUAAAGCAUAUUUUCUUAAUUUAUAUUAUUUAUAUAUAAUAAUAUAAAUUAAAAAAGAAGAAAAAUUUUAUAUAAAAUUAUAUAAUCAAUAAAAGAAAUAUAUUUAAAUCAAAGAUAAAAUUAAUUAUUUAAUUAUUAAAUUUCAUACAAAAUAAAAAUUAAAAGCUAUAAUCCCCAUGAUAGAAUUAUUUUGAAUAAAAUCAAGCAGAAUUAACUAACUAAAAAGGGAAUUAUAGAAAUACAUGUUAAAAUUAUAUAUUUAAUUACUUUUAAAGUUACCUUAUCGAAUUUAUUGAUUUGUUUGAUAAAGGAAACUAAAAAUUAAAAAUAAAGCAUAUUAAUUAUUUUUAUCAAUAAAAUAAUUUUACAAUCUCAUAUUUUUAUUAAUAUUAUAACUAAUAUUUUUUAAUAAAGCAGUAAAUAUAUUUUUUAGUAAAACUCUAUUAACAAUUUACCUUAAAUCUAAUUUUAUAAAUCUUACUUAAAUAAAAAUAAAUUAAAACAAUAUACUAUUUAAAAAAAAUGUCAAAAAAUUAUUUUAAUUUAAAAAAAAUACUUUUCAUUUAAUAAAUAUUUUAUUUAAUAUUUUGAUUUUAUAUAUAAAUAAUAAGCUAAAGUUUAUAAUAAUUUUCAAAAAAAAAUGAUAUUAAAUUAAUCUAUAAAAAAAUGUUUUUCAAACAUAGUAAAUAAUAAAAAAGUAAGAGUUAGAUUUGCCCCUUCUCCAACAGGAUUAUUACAUUUAGGAGGUCUACGUACUGCUCUUUUUAACUAUUUGUUUGCUAAAAAUAAUAAUGGGUAAUUUAUAUUAAGAAUAGAAGAUACAGAUAACAAAAGAUUUGUAGAAGGGUCUAUAGAAAAUAUAAUAGAAAAUUUAAACUAUUUUUAAAUCAAUUAUGAUGAAGGUCCAAAAUUACAUAAUAUAAAAAACUAUGAUUAACAUGGUCCUUUUGGUCCAUAUUUUCAAAGUUAAAGAUUGGAUAUAUAUCAAUCAUAUAUAAAAAAUUUAAUUUAAAAAGAAGAUUGUUAUCAUUGUUUUUGUGAUGCAAAACGUCUAGAAGGUUUAAAAAAACAUCAGAUAGAAAACAAAUUGCCUCAAAAGUACGAUAGAUAUUGUAGAAUGCUAACGAAUUAAUAAGUUUUUUAAAAAAUUUAAAAUAAAGAAAAAUAUACUAUUAGGUUGAAAAUACCAGAAGGGAAAACAAUUUUCGAAGAUAUAAUUUAUGGAAAAAUAGCAAUAGAUAAUAGUAUUUUAGAUGAUUAAGUACUAAUUAAAUCAGAUGGAUUUCCUACUUAUCAUUUCGCAAAUGUAAUAGAUGAUUAUAGUAUGAAGAUUAGUCAUGUUAUCAGAGGAAAUGAAUGGAUUUCUUCUACGCCUAAGCAUAUAAUUUUAUAUCAAGCAUUAAAUUUUCAAGCCCCAAUAUUUGCACAUAUUCCUUUGCUUGUCAAAAAAGGAGGUGCUAAAUUAUCUAAAAGAGAAGCAAAUGCAAGUGUAGAUUUUUAUAGAUAAAAUGAAUAUUUGCCUUAAGCAAUAAAUAAUUUUAUAGCUUUGCUAGGUUGGAAUCCAUAAGAUUAGAUAUAAGAUUAUGAAAAAAAUAAAAACGAGGAAGUGUUUUAAAUGCAUGAAUUAGAAUAACUU